CGGCUAGCGUCAUACGAAUGUUACAAAAAUCACUGAAACCGGAAGCAUUCAAAAUAGCCGUGUCCACGUAUUUGGAGAACAAUAAGUUUAGCACCGCGAAGCCGGACGACCUUUGGCAAGCAUUCACGACAGACAUAACGAAUGAUCAGCAACGCGGGCCGAAGAACGUGUCGCAGUUCAUGUUCGGUUGGACCAAUACACGAGGAUAUCCGGUUGUUUUUGCGGACAAGUCAGACGAUGGUACAAUAACGUUGAGCCAGGUACGUCUAACAAUAAAACGAUUCUCUCUCAACGUGCAGAAAAGUUUCUCAACGUACGAGGACACGAAGGAUUUCUGGAUACCCAUUACGAUGACAACCGCUACAGAACAAAACUUCUUAUCGACCGCGGUCAAGACUUGGUUGCAAGGAGAUUACGAGAAGAUUUCAAUCGAGUCUCCGGAUAAAUGGUUCAUACUGAACAUCCAACAGAGUGGUUACUAUCGAGUGAACUACGACACGAAGUCGUGGAAACUUUUGAUCGAAGCUCUGAACUCCAAUCACACGGUGAUACACGUGACAAAUCGAGCUCAGAUCAUCGACGAUCUGUUGAAUCUGGCACGAGCUGGCUGGGUCGACUACGAGGUCGUGUUACAGGGGGCAACGUAUCUGUUGGAGGAGCAUGAUUACGUACCGUGGAAGGCCUUCUUCAAUGGGAUGAGUUUCCUUUUGCAACGAUAUCAAGGACAGAACGGCGAGGAUCUGUUGAAGAAGUAUAUUCUCCUAUUGGCAACAAAUGUGUACGUGAAACUCGGCUUCGAUGACGUGAAGGAGGAAUCACACUUGAAUAAGUUGAACAGAGAAUUGAUACUGUCGUGGAUGUGCAAACUGAGUCAUACGCAUUGCGUGGAAACAUCCGUCCGGAAGUUCGCCGAAUGGCACGAAGGCAAAAUUUACAGCAUUCCACCAGAUACCAAGGCAGCCAUUUAUUGUACAACCAUAAGAAAUGGAGAUCCCAACGACUGGUAUUUCCUAUGGGAUCAGUAUCAGAAGACGAACUUUGCUUCGGAGAAGAAGAUCAUACUGGAUGCUCUGGGUUGCUCUAAGGAUAAGAAAAUACUGUAUAAUUAUCUGUCUUCCUCUUCUCACAGCUACAUCGACAAAGCAUUGAAAAGUGAUUACACUGGCGACAUUCGAAAGCAAGAUUUCAACGCCGUACUCGCUUCCAUCUACAACUCUGGAGAAUACGGAGUGAAUACGAUGCUAGACUUCGUAGUGAAUUAUCACGAGAGAUUACGCGAAUAGUAAGUUCAAUAAACAAUUGAACGAUCCACAUUUAAUUAAUGUGAACAAUUGGUAAACAUAAAUUACGUAAAUACAUACGGUACUUCUAUUUCCAGUUACGGGAACUGGAACGAUGUUGGAGCAUUGAUUUCUAAAUUGGCAUCUCGUAUUUCCACGGAAAAACAAAUUGCAAAGGUAAGUUUAUUCAUUUAUUGUUUACAGUACAAUAGUUGCAGCGAAGAGCGUGACAUAAAA